CAAGGGGUUUGAAAGUCCAUUUGGCGCUUCAAACCCCAACACAACUACAGGCUGCAAGCAAGUGCACAUUCAACUCAUUCCGUCAACCUCUGAUUUUAGUCCUUUUCAUUGGCACAACCGCCACCGCAGCAUCUACUCCUAUUUUCGUUUUCCUACCUGACCUGACAGUUUAAGAUCACCGUAAUUUCUGGUAAGUAAAUUUGCGUAGUGGAAUGUUUAUGGCGCCAAACGCAAGUUUUGGCGCCAACAUCUUUCAGCAAAACAUUAAGUUUUUAAGGCAACCGAGCCAAAAAUGUUUUCUUUGAAUUGAAAUGAGACGUAAACUUGGCCUUACCUGUAAUCGAGAGCCUUUUUCUCUUCUUAGUUUGAUAUAUUGAAGUCGUAAGAUUUGGAUCGCGCGUUCGACAAUGGAUAACCCCCCGACCAAAGUAAACCUUGAAGACAGCGGCUGUGUGGUCGAUGGAUUACGAAGUGCUCUUUUGGAUGGCAACGUGGAAGACCAAAAUUUAAUGGUACGUCGUGUUCAAUCACAAAUUUCUCGCUAUUUCGCGAUUGAUACCCAACUUCAUAGUUGUAUGUAACUCUUCUUAAAUGAGCACGCGGUGUUCCCUCGUGGAAUCGACAUGGCGUAAAUUAAUACUUCGAUCAAAGCUUUACUUUACCUAGCUCAACAUCAGUUUUUUAGACGAGUUUCUGUAAGCCAUAAGAAUAACUGCAUUUUUUUUAAAGAUUUUUAAAAGAUAUUUCGUCUUUGCCAUGGCCACUUUAGUCUCUCUCCGUUUGAUAUAUAUGCAUAUAUUAUCUAGUAAUUGUUCUUUGACGUCACUGCUCCCUGAAGGCUACGAUUCAACGCACGUGUGUGCUUUAGUGAAUAGUAACAGUUUUAGAAGGGCAUUUUGCCGAAAGUUAUCAAGAUGACUUCGGUAAGUACGUAUGGAGAGUGCUUUCGGUGUCGGAUUUUUUGUAUUGAUGCUCUGGCAAAGUGUGAAAAUUAUGUUGUCGACUUUGUUAUUUGAGUAAGAUAAGAAUGGAGUAGUUCCACCAUGUCGACCUUUACCGAUUACUUCUCAAAUUUGUUCUGGUUUUGUUUUUUCCUUACUUGUCUAAAUCCAAAAGCAAUUUUAAAAAGUUUCGUUUAAAACAAUUAUCCCCGGUCAAAUCGAAACUCUUCCUCAAAGUUGAAAAAAUCGAACGCUUUUCUCGCGUGAAUCCCGCCUUUCUUGGGCAAGGCGAGCUUAUUGUCCUUUUCCUUUGGCAAAGCCGGGCUUAUUGUCCUUUUUCUUUGUGCGUAUUAGAAAUUGCAAGAAUGCUGUAUUUUAUAGACUAACGAUUUUAACACGAUUUUAACACGAUGUUGCCACAAGGGCUUGACUAUAUUGGUUACGAUAAUUUGUGCGUUUGAUUUGAUCACCGUAGUAAUGUUUGUACAACAACUGCGCACUAUGUCCGCGUGUGUACAUGAUAAUAUGAAUAGUUAAUGAUGCUAUUGUGGCUUGUUCGCGAAAUAGUGGCUAGGCUUCGCGUCUACGAGAGCUCUCUUUCCUGGACAAAAAAAAUAUACAAUAGCAAACCGGAAAACAAACAAGGAAAUUGUCAAAAUUUUUUGUAAUACUGUAGAACUGUCUAUUUUACGUCAUUUACACAUGACUACACACGUCUCGCCACAUUCGAAAUUCCAGUAAUAUUCGGUAUUUUGGUUUGUAAUGCUUUUAAAUAUCGGCAAUGACAGCAGAGACAGGCGAUCCCGUAGCUGUACCAAAAACCUGCCGAUAGUAGGUGCCGUUGUAUGUAAAUUGCGUGAUUUUGAGGCAAAAAGACAGCAGAUGAAUUAUAUCCUCCACGGACAAAGAAGUUCUUUGUCCCAAGGACGCGUCUCCUUUGAGUCUCUCCUCCGCAACUUUAACGACAAGGUCAAUGGGGAUUUUGGGGAACAGCAAAACAAUGUCAAAAGAUGCCAAUUUGUCACCAGCAUUAAGAAUUUUAUCCCUCGUGAAAUCUGCAAAUUUGCAGGAAUUUUUGAUAGUAUAAUCAGUAUUCCUAACAGGUGACAAAAUUCUCCUAAGAUAACUAGAAAUUACAGAAGUCUGAGAAUUAAUAAAAGAGACCAUGGGUCUCAAUAGAAUUCCUGAUUCAUAAAUUUUAGGUAAACCAUAAAAACGUGGACAGAAGCUGUGUAACAAAGUCUCAAGAAAUUAAUUGACAUUUAAAAAGAUGCCCACUAUUUUUGUUGAAAUAGUAUUCAUGGCCCAUUUCAAUGUACUUUACCAAAAGUCAAACAUCCUGUGUUUUUGAAAUAAAAAACGUUGAAAGUAGGUUCCCAAGGUCUUUGGGCAAGGACUGAAAAAAUGUUCUCCAUAGGAUUUGAAAUCCUAGGGCUUGCAUGGUGUCUUAUUUAAAUAGUUCGAAUUAUGUUUUUUUUUUUCUUGAACUGAAGCUUGAUCAUUUGGAGAUGUCUGGGGUGAAUGAGUCCAAGUCAAGUUUAAAGGAUGAAACUCCAGUCCAGAAGAAGAAGAGAUUUCAUGUUUUUGUGGCCAAAUGGGAAGAGUCACCAGAGUACAACAAGUGUUAUGAAAUUUGGGAAAAACACAGCUUGUCAAUUAUCCUGGUGUGCGUAACAGUUCUUUUACUCAUCUACAGCAUCGUUGCCAUUGCUCAUAGUGGAUUUGACAAAGCUAAGUCCUUGUUUGGACUUACCAUGUUUUUGUGGUUUUGCAUGACGUACAUGUUCAUAAGUAAGCACUGUGGAGCAGAAAUCUAUCAAGUGGUUUUGAAGCCAAUUGCUGAGGCAUUCAGCAGUAGAUGGCAUUAUUUGAAAUGGUGAGUGGACAUCGUUCUAGAGCAGGAGUAUGUUGUUAUGUAAAGGAUUUUUUAGGAAAUGUUUGUCUAUGUACUUUUAAUCUUUGUCAGGGAGUACUGAGUAAAUGAGAAGAGUGGUUAAGUUUUAAUGUUUGUAUCCACUCCUUUUAUGAAGCUUUUUGACAACCAGUAGCAUCACAUGUGUAGCUCUGGAGGUUAACAUUGAAAACUAACACAUGGUGAACUCUACAGCAAGAGUUCCAUUGGUAAUCCUGACUGGGUCACUGGUGCAGUGCUCCUGUGUAAGGCGCUUGCGUGUAUCUAUCACAGAGCCUAUAAUAAAAGUAUUUUUUCUAGCACAAAUAAAAAGUAUCAGUAAAUUGUCAUGGGACCUUGAAUAAAUUCCUUGCUGUGGAAUUCUACUGUAUGAUUCAUUGCGUUUACAUACAGUUUAUAGCACCGCUGACAAUAUACAGAGGGCACAGUUUCCCAUGCCACGUGCAUAGUUUGAGCGUGACUUACAGGACUUUUUGCUGUUUUUUUACCGAGUUAGUUUUAGCGAAGGAUCUUAGGCUGUGUAAGAAGCAAUAACUUCGAAUUGUUGCCGGAUAGACCCUCAUUUGUUAUUUGUUUUUAUUAUCCUGUACAAGAAUACAAGGAAUCAGAUGCAUAGAAGUUGUUGUGUCUUAUUUAUUCUGCCAAGUGUAGCUGGCCCUUACAUCUACACUGUUGGACUAACAUAGGGCGCCAAAGCAAAAAUUGUGUGGAUAUCCAAGAUUUGUUAAAACAUGAGUCAUAAUUGCUUCAACCUUGUAAAGAACUUUCACUUAAAUCUCUUAAUAAAAGACAAAGAAAUUAAGAUUGAAUGACCCAUUCUCAGAACAAAUGAUUUCUUUUCUAGGGUUCUUUUGGUUAUUGUGUUGGUAUUACUUGGAGUAUUUUUCGGAUUGGACACUGCUAAGAAACCUGAGCGUUUUAUUUCCCUUGCUGGAUUGCUUGUGAACAUUCUCUUCUGUUGGAUUUUCUCAAAACACCCAAGAAAGGUAAAUUCCAUCCUCUUUUUCAAAUUCUUUGGCUGAACAUCCACUAGAAGUAAUCAUCAUUCAGUACAUAUGCAAAUCCUCAAAUAAGUAAUGAGUUUAUUUCAAAUUUAGGAUGAGUGGGGUGCACUUUGAGUUGGGUGGCUGGAAAUGGUCAGGGGGGAAAAAUCCUCGAGGUAUGGGACACCUAUGGCUGUGGAAACCAUUAUGGAUAGCCUCUAAAUAUUUCCCCAAGUCAUGGAAGACACAUGUUUGUUUGUUUGUUUUUCAUUUAUUAUUAUUAUUUUGAUACAGCAUUUGCAUGAAAACUUGAAUAAACUGCAUGUGUAGUAAUGGUGAGGUCUGUUAUUGAUAUUCAAUCGCUGUGUAAAGAGCAAUUAAACAUGAGGAAUUCUUUACAUCCUUUUUUCUCUCAUUACUUGUCAGAUUAACACUGGGGAAAGAGAGGGGGGAUCACUGUAAGUAGACUUAAGAAUUGUUUACCAAUUGUUUUUCAACUCUCCAUUCUUCAUUGCUAGGUUAAGUGGCGACCAGUUAUCUGGGGACUUGCUUUACAGUUUGUGUUUGGCUUGCUUAUUCUUCGUACCAAAUUUGGUUUUGAAGCUUUCAAAGGUGCAGGAAAUCAAGUGACAGCAUUCUUGGAUUACACCAGUGUUGGGGCUGCAUUUGUGUUUGGAGAAGGCUACAGAGAACAUUUCUUUGCCUUCCAGGUAUACAUUAAUGUGCUUUAUUGUAGACGACAUUCAGCUGUUUGCUAAGUGAUAACUGUUUACUUAUGGUUAGUUUAUUGGAGAGGAUACAUCAGUCAAACCCUUACCUCCUAGACACUAUUUAGGGGCUAAUUUUCCAAUAUACUAGGCCAAAAUUAUCAUAUGGAGGCCAAGUGUAGAACAGAACUUUGCCACCUUAUGGAAAAGGGAGAAAGAUUGCAAGUGUGUGUUUUGGAUUAACCCUUGAAGUCCCAGAAGUGAUUAACAUGUAAUUUCUCCCUAUAUUAUCCAUACACUAUCCUACAAACAGGUAAUGAGAAUACUCAAACUUAUCAGGUAGAAGUUUUCUCUUGAUUUAACAACAAAUUCUUGUUACUAAUUUACAAGGAAAUGUGUAGAAGCUGGAGGGGAGAAUUAACAAUCAGAUCCUGGCAGUUAAAGGGUCAAGGCUCUUAUUUUAAGCCUUUGUAGUUUAUUACACCUGCACUAUCAACUGGGUUACACAAAAGCAACUUUUUAAGGGGUUCUUUUUUUUCCUGCAAAGGAUUCUGAUAAGAAAUAGCAUACUUGAAGUAAAUUAUAGUUGUUUGACCUGUGGUUAAAAUAACGUGAUGAAUUGAUAUUUUUCUACAUUUGAUGUUGUUAGAGAAACUGAAGUCUAAAAAAUUUUUUAAUUUUUUUAAUCAACAGGUGCUGCCCAUUAUUAUUUUCUUCAGUUCAGUUAUCUCACUGUGUUAUUAUAUUGGUAUCAUGCAAGUGGUUAUCAAGAAAAUUGCGUGGCUUAUGCAGAAAACAAUGAAGACAAGUGGUGUGGAGAGUUUGAAUGCUGCUGGAAAUAUCUUUAUUGGACAGGUACUGUACAUGUGUAAUCUAAUUUAUAAACUCUCUGAUCCUUGAAUCUGGUUGGUACCAUUUAAUUCACUGCUAGGUGGCCAAGAAGACAAUAUUGAUUGACUUGUACUUCACAUUCACCACCGUCAUCUUUUCAGAAAAAAUUCUCUCACUUAAAAAUCUCUAGGAAAAAAUCUUGAGGUACUCUACCAUUCUUUGUGUAUUUGAUGCAUGGGUAUUAAACCAUCAGAACUUAAGUGCAAUAUAUCUCUUGAGGCAGACAAGAAGGUUCUUUAGAAAAUGAACUUAGAGAGUGAAGGAUUCCUCAACUUGGAAAUAUUUGAAUAUUCAUUCUUGUGUUCUGUUUUUGUUUUGUUCUAUGUAGACUGAAGCACCCCUUAUGGUUAGACCAUUUCUUGAACAUGUCACAAUGUCAGAGCUUCAUGCAAUAAUGACAGGUGGAUUUGCAACCAUUGCAGGAAGUGUAUUGGCAGCUUACAUUGAGUAUGGUGUAUCAGCCUCUCAUUUGUUGAGUGCAUCUGUGAUGUCUGCACCAGCUGCUCUUGCCAUUUCAAAGCUAAUGUACCCAGAAACAGAAAUUCCAGAAACUCUUGAUGACGAAAAUAUUGAACUGCCCAAAGGGUAAGCCAAAUGAAUAGUGGUGUCUGAUUCAGGGUUGAAGGGAUUUUUUAGUAACUAGACUUUGAUACAAAGUCACAGUGCAAUGUCAUGCUUCCAUAUUGAAACACUAAGAAUAGUAUGGGUGCUUUUCAAAGUAAAAGGUGAAAUGUGCUAGUUGCCAGCUCAGCUUGACAACCCUUUCAAUUUUGACCACAUUUUGAGGCAAGCUAUGAAACUUUGUGUUAGGUGCUUGUGGUUUUAUGUUUUGACUUUCUGCAUAAUCCUCUUGGUUGGGUGUUUUACUGAAUAUUUGUUCCACUCCUGUUCAUGGAUCUUUGACUUUGUCUCAUAGAAAUGAAAGGAAUAUUAUUGAAGCAGCUGCCAAAGGUGCCAGUACUGCUAUUGCUCUUGUUGCCAACAUUGCAGCCAAUCUGAUUGCUUUCCUUGCCUUUUUGGCAUUUUUCAAUGGAGUCUUGUCAUGGCUUGGAUCAAUGGUUGGAAAACCAGAACUUAGUUUUGAGGUAUUUAUUAGGUCAGAAUUUUCCAGUACCUUGAAGUGAUUUCAUUUUAUCUUGACUUUUGUAAGUGAUUGAAUAAACCAGAAAUCAGUAUACAUAGUCAAAGAAAUCUAUUUGAAUGCACAAUGAAUCAAAAAGUCAGAGCAGAAUGUUCUUGUUCGUGAAUGUUAUGGAGCCUUUCGUGACUUGCAACAAGGUUGGAAAGUGAGUACUCAAGGCUUAAAUAUUCUACAACCUCAAAGUGAUUUUAUGUUAAAGGUGUAAACAGAAAUCAGUGAAGAAUUUCCCUUCAUUGGAAGGGAUACAUGUAGGUUUAAGCAUUAAAGCUGUGCUUGUAGAAAACUUUGUGAGCCUCCAACUCUAGGAAGCUUUAUAUUGGCUUAAAAGGAAAGGUGUAAAAAACACCAGAGGAUUUGUCUUCUUGUCUUUCAGUAUAUUUGUUCAUAUGUACUACGACCAGUUGCCUUUAUCAUGGGUGUUCCUUGGGAAGAUUCAGAUGUUGUUGCAGAGCUUCUUGGUAUUAAAACAUUCCUAAAUGAGUUUGUGGCUUAUACACGGCUUGCUGGGUUUAUUGAUAACCGAAUAAAAAUGAAUGGCUUGCGCACCAUUUCGGUGAGUGUUAUAUAACAAGAUGUACACAGAAUGAAGUUGUCUACUGUUAAGUUAAAGUUGUAUGGUUCUUAUAUGUUGUAAGAGAUGAUGGAAGCUUCAUAAUCAAAACAUUUAGAUAUAUGAAUGGUAUUACCGUUCUUUCAAAGCUGUCUUCCUGCUUUGCUGUCUUUAAAAGGAAUGCCAUAAAGAAAAACAAUUGUUUAAAUGUACUUGUAGAUGAUGAACUUAACAUACUGAGUGCAAAACAAUGAAUAUGGAAGGUGUUUGGUAUAGUUUAGACAGACAGCUGCCUUAGAUAGGUAUAAUGUAGUGUUGCAAUGAAAAUAGCUUAGUAGAACAGAUUGUACAUCUUUCAUAUAAGUUGUUAUGAAUUGUACUACAAUUCUCAGCAUGCAAAAUUUGUCUCCUGCCUGUGCAUUUGAACAGUUGUUUUUAUUUUAGUGGCUGCAUUCCUUCAAGUAAAACUCAGUGAAUUUUGGUUUUGUGUAAAUGCAUGAUAUUAAUUUAUUUUCAUACUUAGGAUCAUAGCAGUGUCAAAGACAUAUAGUCAAGAGUUCCUUUUGAGCUUUACACAGUCAUAUUUAGAUUUACAGUUGGUAGUAUUUUGUCAAAAUUUUAUUUUCUUGAAUGGUUUAAAUGGGAUCAUAGUUUUGGUUUUAAAUGUUAGCUGGCUUUAGUUGAACAGGUUCCAGCACCCAUCAACCAGUCUUUGCAUGUUAUGGCAACUGUCACCAUAAUCCAUUGAUGGAUGCGGAAAAAAAAAGACAAUUGUGUCAUAAACUCAAGCUUGAAGUUGGCAAAUGUUCACUUAACUGCAUUCUUGACAUAAUCUUAGUGCAUGUGCCCAUGAAAAUGGAAAGAAAUUAAAUGCUGUGAUGCAUGUUCCAUUCUCCCAUCAGCUAACAAAACAUUCCCCUUGAUAUGAACUAAUGGCUGUGUUGUAAACAUAGGGUUAUAGUUUGCAAUUGCAAACUUAACAGCAUUCUUGUCAUAAUCUCAUUAUAUGUUUAUUAAAAUGUUGAGGAAAACAAUUCUUAAAUCAGAUAAACAGCUUGUUUUCUUUGAUGUAAUCACUCAAACCCACUUUGUGUUAAUUAUUUUAACAUAUCACGUGUUCAGUAUGCAAUGUCUGCAAAAACACUAAACCUGAAGAUUCACAAUUCAACUUCUAAUUUAUCAUGUAUUCCAAACUUAAUAUGGGUUGUAAUGCAUACACUAACUGUUCAUACUGGCCUUUCUUACAACAUUCUUGUCUCUUUUAUAAUAACUUUGUUUAGAAUUUGAAAGUUUUUAAACUUUUGCUUACUGGAUCUUUUUGCAUUUUUAUUUAUAACUUUUCAUGAUCAAAUUAAAAUCUUACAUGAAAGCAUUAAAUUUACAACAUAAUUGCCCAGUAACUUAUUUCUUGGGCUAAGGGUAAGUGAAAACCAUGUAGAAUCAUUAACACUUGAUCUUUCAAAAAGACUGUCAAAUAUUACAGCUAGAUGUACAUGUUGGUGAAUUUCAGGUCUUUUAAAAUGUGUUUUUUUCUCCACUCUUGAAUUUUUGUUUUACUUAAUUUCCAAUCAAACUUACAGUGCACUAAAAUUGUAAAUUUGCUUCACCUUUGUAUUUGUUAUUAGAGAAAGUUUGCAUUUUAAUAUCAAGAAAUCUAAGACUAAAAAAUGGAAUGUCUAAAGUUGCCUUUGUUUUGCUCUGUCAUGUGUUUUUUUUUUUUUAACACUUAACAUUCAUUUUAAAUCAUUGGUAGGGCAGUCUCAAAAGACAAAUUUUCCUAAAGACAUGUUUGCCUUUUGUUAUAAAGAAUGUUUACUGCCAUUGUCACCAUACUUCUUAAACAUAAUACACUGACUGCAAACUUAUUAUUUCUCUCUGUUCUUGGAAUUAAUUUGUAUGUCAAAUGAGUAAAUAACACAUUUUAGAUUGUUCUACUUACUUAAUACUAAAUGCACCGAAUAAUGGGCUCCUGACUGACUUCAGUUUUUCUCAAAAUGAAUAACAUGAAUAUAAUAUCUGAGAUUUUCUCACCCUGAAGACAAUUCUAAAGAAAAUCUUACAACUGUUUAAUAUGCUUGAUCAAACAUCUAAAAUAUGAUAACUUAGAUUUACCAAUUAAAGGCUUGUAAUUUAACACACAUGCAUGAAAUAAAAAAUGUUACAUUUUCCCUUUUCUAUAGCUCCUGAUUAAACAGUCUCCCAAAUAGAUUCAGUAAAUAUUUUUAAAAAUGUUAAUUGAAAUUUCACCUUUGUUUCUUUGUUUUUUGUUUUAGUUUUUAUAAUUACCAUUUUCUUUAAACCCUUAAGGCUAGAUUUAACCGUAGAAGAAUGAAAUUGUAGUUUUUUGUUAAAUGAACUUGAAUCCAUCAAGUGCACUCUCAUUAUUGAAUGAGCUUCAACCCUUUGCCAUCCCUAUUGUGAAAACUUCUUGUUUGACCAAUGAAGACUAACCUUUAAACAUUAACAAUUCCAGUGGUUCCCCUGAGGAUCAAUUUGAAAAUUUGUAAACUCCAUAAAUACGUACAGUAUUUGAAAGAUAACAUGAAGAUAAUGUGGUCACGGGGAAAUAGAAGCUUUAAUCAAUUUUUAUGAAUAGGAUUCUUAUUUGGUGUAAAAAAUUAAUUCCUGAUUUCUAUUGUUUCUAAACCUGUAACAUUAUUUUUGACCAUGAAUAACCCACGACAGAGUAAAAGGUACUCAAAGAGAUAAAUUUCAAUUUAGGUUCUUUUUGUUGUGUAAUAAUUGCCUCUGAAUCUUUCUAUUUUCUUCAUUGCUUAUCAAUAUUUCCAAAGUGUUGAAUAAAUGAUAAAACCUCAUUUAACAAUAGUAACAUCAAUUACUGAUUACUCAGAUUUGUGUGGAUUUGUGAAAUUUGAAAAGUACGCUAAGUGAAAUGUUUUAGUUAAGCAAAGUUCAACAUAACAUUUCAAGGAGGUUUAAACUUCAGAUCUUAUUUUUUUAAUUAAUAAUUUAAAUCAGAACAAUACAAUGGUAACCCAGAAAUUGACACUGGGAAAAUAAUCUUUUAAUCUUAUUUCUGCUUGCUGCCCUUAGAAAUUACAUACGAAUUAGAGGUUAAUUUCGACACUUACAACCUGUUAACCUAUCUUAUAACAGCUAAAACAGGAAAUAAAAAAAUCAUGUGAAAUUCUCCACUUUUGGAACAGCUCAUUCUUAAAAGUGACAAGGUAAUAAAUAUGUUAAUUUCUUACCCUCUGGCUUCUAAGAUUUGAUCAGUAAUUCUCUCUUCUAUUCACUCUACAUUUCCAUGUAAUUGAGAUAAUUAUAUCACAAUAACAACGUUCAACCGAUAACUUAAGUUUGUUGUCGUUUCCUAGUUACAGAUUAACGCAUUUAAAUCGCAAGGAGGAUGAAAUUGUUAGUCUACCUAAAAUAUAUCUUCAAUUAGUCUUGACCUCGGUGAACUUAACCUUUUUUACCCUGAGAACUUACAAACAGUUCUGUUGCUACUGUAAGGAAAAUUAUCCCGUUAACCCUAAUUUCACAUCAAGUAAUUUUUACGGAUCUUAAUAAAGCAAUGGUUGAUGGAUCAGCUUUUCCUAUUCAUGAACAUUAAUCCAAAAUAAUUUUCAUUUGACUUUUUUUUAAGUGCCGUUUUGUUAUUGCACUAUAAUUGCCUUUCAUUUACCGAUCGCAAUUUUCGAAUUGUUGCUUUUUCGUUCAUUAUUUCAUUUGUUCCCAUUCAGUUUUCUUUGGUUUCAUUCUAGUUUCCACUUGUCCUAACAUAGGUAUCGGUUUUAUUUAAUUUUUCAAUAGUUACUUUUGUUGUUAACGAUUUAGUUCGUGUUCGCAUUCUUUUUAAUAUAGUUUUCAUUCUUGGUAUUAGUUUGCACUCGUCUUAGUUUAAUGUUAAGUGGUUUAAUGUAGUUUGCACUUAUAUUAACAUGUUCUUCAUUUGUGUUAUUCUAGAUAGCACUUUUCCUAACACAGUUUUCAUUCGUUUUAGCAUCAGUCUACACUCACGUUAAUCUAGUUUUCAUUCACUUAUACCUCCACUUCUAUUGGAUCACUACUUCGGCCAUCUCCAAUGUUCUUAAUCCUUGUAACAAAAGCUCUUCAUCUUCGGUAAAUGUUCUACUGUCACCCAGUAAUGGAUAUCUGCUUCACCAUAGUCGGUCUUUUUUACUUCCUUCAUGGGAUCUCUCAUACCAAUAUCUAAUAUCUUGUCAACAAGUAAUGUGCCCCUUCUUCACUGUCUCUUCUCCUCUUUUCUAAGAAAUUCCUUCCUCGUUUCUAUUGUAUCACUUCACAUUUCUCAUGAUCAAUACUCUUUGAAACACAAAGUUGUCAUCUUCAGCAACUUUUGCCACCACAUAACGUGUAACCACUUAACACUAUUCUCUCCUCUUUACCGAACUUUUCUAACAGAUUCGCUCGGAGAUUAUUGCCACGUAUGCGUUAUGUGGCUUUUCCAACUUCAGCUCGAUCGGAAUUCAAAUUGGAGGUUUGGCUCCGUUAGCCCCGUCACGACGACAGGACUUGGCCACGGUUGCCUUACGUGCACUGGUUGCGGGUACAGUUGCUUGCUUGAUGACGGCAUGCGUUGCAGGUGAGAUUUGUAACGUAAAUCUUUUGUAAUUGCAUCUGUCCAAACAGAUACGUUCUGAAAUCAUUAGCACCUAUGCUCUUUGUGGGUUUGCUAAUUUGGCAUCCGUCGGGGUUGUGCUUGGAGGUCUGGGGCCCAUGGCUCCUAGUCGUGUACCGGACAUGUCCAAGAUAGCAAUCAGGACCCUUAUUGCUGGUACUGUUGCAUGUUUCAUGACUGCUUGUGUAGCAGGUGAGAUUUAUAAGUGUUAUUUCCGAUACACCGGAUUCAGUAAUCGAGAGUGAUUAGAAGGGCUAGUCAGACCUAAGGGAAACAUAGAGUGGUGCCUUUUUUUCAGCCAAUCACAGUACAUUGAAAGGAUGUCUUAAGAUAUAUUGUCAAAACUAAUCCGGGGUUGCACGUGCUUCUCUUCACUGUAUUCUCGUAUAGCGUGCUGUUCUUGGUCAAGAAAACUCGUCCCACCUUCCCAAUCAAUUAAAUGCCAAAACUCAAUCUAAUCACGACUUGAUCAUCAUUUGUGUUUUACCUCGCUUAAACCUUUGACUCUUAAAAGUGACUAGCAUUUAGUAUCUCCUUACAAUAUCACUCCUGAAUCAAAUGAUAAGUUCACGACAAUAAAGGAAAUGAUCAACUAAAUAAGCUCUUGAUUUUCAAAUAGACUCUCCUCGUCAGUACCAUGGGAAAGGUUAAGAGAACAGUAUGGAGAAUAUGCAUACUCAUGUUACCUGUUUGACUUUGUGGUCUCUGGCGAAUGGAUUUUGUUUGUAGUCAAACUUGGACACAUCUCUCUUUAUCCUUCCAAAUUUUGCUUUUACAUUGCUCAAAUUAAUGUUAUCAGUGAUUAAACCGUGACAUAUCUCCCUUUUUCUCCACAAUUUCUGUGCGAGAACAUGCAGAAAGGCUACCGUUUGGUACCCAAAAUCUACUCAUGUGCCAGUAAACAAUUAUUGAAGACGAAAUUCGAAAACGGAGAUAACGACAAAAUUAUGAAAUCGCGGGAUAGUCAAGAUAACACUUAUUAGCAGUUUGAGCAAUAUCCGACUACCUAGCACACAUUAAACCACUUAGGGAAUUCCUACCACAGCGUAAUGUGAUCAGGCAGUGUUUAUUGUUUGGUGAUUCUGUUUUCUUCUCACGUGGUUUCUUUCCAGGUGUCCUUUAUGAUGAGAGUUUGUACGAAGGUGUAGUGCAGAUAGCGACUGCAGCACCCAAUGCAACAGUUGCUCCAUAA